AUGGCCAUGACCGCGGCGGCCGCCUGGCUCCCGUCGACCGCCUCCCGCCGGAGAAUCUUAGCCUCUCCGCUCCCUCCGUUGGCGGCCCCUAUCUCCAUCCACAUGCCACGGCGGGCGCCGCCUCCUCGUCCCAUCCCCCCAAAGCCGCGCCUCGUCGUCGCCUCCGCGCAGUUCGAUUUCUCCAGAGCUGUUCAAACGGCAUGGAGGGUCGGUAACGAUGCCGUGGAGGCAGGAAGUAAUCUUGUCCCAGGUUCAGUUCCACGACCAAUUGCUAGGAUAGGUGUUGCCUUUGCCGCUGUGGCAGUCGCCCUUUUCCUUGUUAAAUCCGUUGUGUCCACUGCAUUAUUUGUUUUGGCAAUGAUGGGCCUCAUAUAUCUCGGCUUCCUGGCUAUGAACCCAAAGGAGGCCUCCGGCUCUAGGUUGGAUGAAGCAAUGGGCGACCCAUCGGAAGACCCUGUUGAAGAGGCCCGAAGGAUAAUGGAGAAAUACAAGUAA